AGGAUCCACAGUAACUCAUUUGUAUCUGUGUUUAUUGACGGUUAAACGCAGACAUUGACUGAUAAACGUGGAUUAGAGUCGUGAUUGGAAGGAGAUGCUGUGAGGCAGCUGACUGGACCUUUAAUGCAGCUGCAGCUCUUCUUCAUUCAGAUGCUGAGAGGAGCAGACCGGAGGAGGGACGCUGUGCACGGAAAACCUCACGCAGCUUAAUUCUAAUCGCAUUUUAGAGAGAGAGAGAGGAAAAAACUCUUUGAUGCAUAGUGAGGGCUUUUUGCGCUACCUGUAGUCUUUAUCCGGGACAGCGCUGUCCGGGAUGCAGCGGAGCGGAUUGCGGCAGUCAGAGGUUCCUGAAUGAUCGGAGCUCAGCAGCAGCAGCAGCAGCAGCAGCAGCAUCACUCUGUAUGAAAUGCGUCACCGCGAUCCAGUUUUCCCAUUUACACACACCGACUCUCCACUCACCGACUGGUUCUCCUACUGACUGCUUCAUCAGGUAACCACAUGCGCGGGCCGGUGUCACCGCGCUGAGCCCGGAGAGCACGAAGGGUACUGGGGUCAGAGAGACGCAAGAAGUGGCCGGACAAAGGUGGACCGGAUGACGGCCAGAACCGCCGAGGCCUCGGGGCUGUCGGUGCCACCGCACCGCUGUCACGGGGGAGCCACCAACAGCACCUGCGCGGAGCAGCUCAGCCUCCUCCCGCCGUUCUCCUCCGCCCUCGCGCUCCUCGUGCUGGUGGCCGUGCUCGUGGGGAUCAUCCUGGUUUCCCUGGCAACGUUCCACUUCCACAAGAGGAAGCUCCGGAACAGGAAGAUCCAGCGCGCGCAGGAGGAAUACGAGCGCGACAGUCGCAGCCCGGCGCGCGCCGCUGCCAGCUCGGAGCCCGCGAGGCCGUGCGUCAUCGUGCGUCCGGUGAGGUGCGAGGAGAAGCUCGCGUGCCAGAGCGCGGCGGCGGCGGAGAGCGGGCACGUGGAGGCGGAGGAGGGACAGGCGCCGCACGAGGCGGCCGCUCUUGACUGUUAACUUCAGGGAACGAACUGUGGAAUAAACAGGAAAAGCAAUAAGGCACAAAGAACUCCAUCUCUGCUGCUUGUAGACUAGAACCGGUAGAACGCAGAACACUGAGCAGAACCGUAGAGGGUAACUAGUGCAGUGACUCACAGGCUAGCUGCUGGGCACUCCUCCGUUAGUAUUUAGCCACCUCCUUAUGGGACCGUGUAAAGUAUUUGCCUGCUUUGACUUCUGGACCUCCUCCUCUUCCCCCCUCAGCCUAAAGCCAACCUCAAAGAUGUUGAAAUCCUCCCCGGGAUGUGACACGCAGUUGUGUUAAAUUAUUAAGAGCUGGCGACACAACACAGAUCUUCCUCGGCAUGUCCUCUGACACACUACCAGUAUGUAGUUAGACUAUAAUGGAUGUUGUGGUGCUGUUAGGCAGUGCAAAGCUGCAUAUAGGCUAUAGAAGCGGCUUCUUUGUUUGCUGUAGUAUUUUUUCCUUCAAUUAAGUGACUUAGCAUAUUUGCAUAAAGUACUGUCCUCCAAUGUCUGUUAGACAUCUGUAGGUAGCUCUAGUUUGCCUGACAGGAUGCAAGACUUUUUGCUGUAGUUAUGCACAUAAGAUUUCUGUUUCUUUAAAGUGUCAGAUAGUAACUUUUAGCGCUAAUACAGUAUUUUCAUUUUUGAGUAUUUAUAAUGUAUCCUCUGACAUGUAAUAAAUUGAGAAUUCUUCCAACCCUACAACAGAGGCUUUCAAAUGAAGCCAAUCUUUUUUUCCUUCUUUUUUGAUCCCUCAUAUUGUAUCAUAGUGGGCCUAAUAGAAAUUCUGUGUCAUUUAUUCUAUGAAUUCACUGUAAAUGUAUGCCAUUAUGAGAGCUGGAAUGUUUUGCAGUAACAUCAUCUUUCUGGAGUUCAUAUAAUCUGCCUUAUCAAAGGAUAAUAUGUAAUAUUCAAAGUUUAUAAAUAAAUACGUAAUAUAUGAAUACUUUA